UGAACGUCACUGGUCGAGCGAAGGAUGACAUUUAAAAUUUGUGGUUAAAGAUUCAACGACGCAAUUGUAACAAUCCUCGGGAGUGAUAACGCGAGAGGCUGGCCCCAAAUUUAUAUGGAGAGUUAAGCGAACACUGACGGAGACCAGAAUGGACGUGGACAACGAUUUGGAUCAGAAUCUGUUGCACCAAUUCAGUUGCUUGGGCACAACGGACAAAGACGACCUGGUCAAGCAGCUGCAGAGAUUGCUAGCUGAGAGCCAGCUCAAUGAGACAACGGCAACCUUCUUCCUGGAUAUGAAUAACUGGAACCUUCAAGCUGCAAUAUGUAGUUACAUCGAUUUCGAACUGUCACCGUAUAAACUGCCUUCUAUGGUCCUUUUGCGUGACUGCACAAUUGGCGAAGGAGAAUCGGUUCCACCUAAUACAAAGUUUAGGAAGUCAUGGCGCAUUCAGAAUUCUGGGGACGAUACAUGGCCGGAAGGGAUUACCUUGCGACACAGCGGUGGAAACCAAUUGGGUAACUGGAACAAAAUACCGGUUCUACCUUUGGCUCCUAAGGAGGCAGCAGAUCUUGAAAUAGAGCUAACCAGUCCUGCAGAGUUAGGCGUUUAUCAGAGUAAAUGGAGGAUGAUGACUUCAGCAGGUUAUUACUUUGGAGAUGUCAUUUGGGUAAUUAUAACUGUAAGUGAAAGCGGUACGUUGGCGGUAACUCAACAGCUACAUCAAUUAAGUACUUCACAAUCUGGUGAUGUCCAGAUGUGCUAGCCCUUAUCCUCGUGACCUGAUCCUUUACUUUAAUUGAUUUUUAAUCCACGUCAUAAUUCUUUAACCUCCAAUAAAAUGGCGUCCACUGGUUACAUCUUACUGGUUCAUCCUGUGGGUGGUCCAUCGCGCGAAGUCGCGAUGGGUAUAAUUAACGUUCUACAGAAAUUUCAAAUAUACAGUUCCGUGCACUUGUUCUUAAAAGUGUAUUUUAUUCAUUGCGUCGCACUUUUACUCUUUUUAAAGAGUGAGACAUAGACGUCAAUCAGACAGAUCGGAAGUUAUUUAAGGAAUGCUUGAAAUGCUGGUAAAAUGUAAGGAGGUGCCAUCUUAAAAAAUGCACCUGUGAUUUGAUUAUUUGUGUUUUGGGUUAUGUAAUAAGAACUAGUAUUUCUUAGUGCUGUUAGAGCGAAACAUGCCUAUUUUUAAUGAGCUCUGGUAAAUUAUCGAUAAUUCUAUAUUUGAUGUAGCUAUACAUUAAGGAGAUGAAUGUAAUAUGCAGGGUUUAAGCCCACUUAAAAACUUUUACAAUUA